CCUGACAAUACCCCCAAGGUCUUUGUUCUUUUUAAGUUAAAAGCGAUUUCGGUUCGCUCGAUUAAGACGGGUCACGAACCCAUCGCCCAUGAGCUUGGUUGGUUUCCAUUGAUGGCGUCUGGUGGUGGUCUUCAAUAAGGUCCACUAGCGUCUCCAAUAUUCCAUCUCAACGACUCGCUGACGCUCAACUCACGAGCUUCUUGCUAGAUUUCGCGAUCUUCAUUUCUGCCGCCAUUGGUGCAUUUUUCCACGGAUUUCAACUUGCCCAAUUGGAGAGCUUGUAGUCCUAGAUCUUGAUCUUGUUGGAAUUUCGGAAUCUCGAGAAAAAGUUCAUUACUUGGAGACUGAAAGUGAGUGUGUAGAUAUUUUUGGUGGCUUGAAGUUUGAAAUGGUGGGAGAAGGACGUUGAUUGACUGCGUUGAGUUGUUGAAGUUAUUGCUGUUGUUCAAUGAAGCGGAAGCCAAUUUCGCCUAAGUUAUUGAUACGGCAUAAAUGGAAGACGAAGAUCUUUGCACUGCUUUUAGUGGGAUUUUGUUUCUCCACGUUUUUGUUAAUGGAGGCACAGUACAGUCGAAUUGGUGCUUCUUCGAUCUUUCCUCUGUUUGUUCAAAAACCUAAAAUUGCGUUCUUGUUCCUAGCACGAAAUCGGCUUCCGCUAGACCUAGUCUGGGAUGAAUUCUUUCAGGGAGAGAAUGAAAAUCGGUUUUCAAUUUAUGUCCAUUCAAGGCCUGGUUUCCUACUUAACAGAUUAACAGCAAGAUCCAACUACUUUUUAAAUCGCCAAAUCAAUAAUAGCAUACAGAUAUAUUGGGGAGAAGCAAGUAUGAUACAAGCAGAGAUUAUUCUACUUCAACAUGCACUCAUGGAUCCUUCUAAUGAACGAUUUGCUUUCCUUUCUGAUAGUUGCAUUCCUUUAUACAACUUCAGCUACACAUAUGAUUACAUCAUGUCAACAUCAACUAGCUUUGUUGACAGUUUUGCUGAUACAAAGGAGGGAAGAUAUAAUCCUAAGAUGGAUCCUGUGAUUCCUGUUAAUCAUUGGAGGAAAGGAUCUCAGUGGGUGAUUCUAACAAGAAAGCAUGCAGAGAUGAUUGUAAAGGAUGAUGUGGUCUUUCCUAUGUUUCAACAACAUUGUCAAAGGAAAUCACUCCCAGAGUUUUGGCGUGAUCGUCCUGUUCCGGUUGACAAUUCAAAGGAGCAUAAUUGCAUACCCGAUGAACAUUAUGUGGCAACAUUCCUUGCUCAUAAAGGACUUGAAGGAGAAAUUACGAGGAGGAGUUUGACUCACACUUCAUGGGAUAUUUCAUCCAAACAAGGUCGUGAGCGGCAAGGAUGGCAUCCUGUGACGUAUAAAUUGGCCGAUGCCACUCCCAUGCUCGUUCAAUCUAUUAAGGAUAUCGAUAAUAUUUACUAUGAGACAGAAUACCGAAGAGAAUGGUGCACAAGCAAGGGUAAACCAUCCCCUUGCUUCCUUUUUGCUAGAAAAUUCACACGGCCGGCUGCUAUGCGUCUUCUUAAUAUGUCUGCAUUAGGUGUUUCUAAAGAUACAAGGAGUUAUACCUUCAUAAGGUCCGUUCAUGUGGCUAGAGGUUCAGGUAGAAAGAAGCAAAAGAAAAGUCUUUUGAUUUGCUUUGAAUUUGUAAAACUGGCGAAAACUCAUGACAUAAGGAUAUUUUCAUAA